CAGGGAAAGGGGCCUGAACCUCUCCUAUUACAAAGACCAUCAACACCGAGGCUCCAUCGAAAUCGAUCGAAGCACCGUCGUAGAUGUUGGUAUAAAUAGCCCGGAAAAGAUGCAGUCUGUGCAGAAGAUGUUCAAAUGCCACCCGGAUGAAGUGAUGUCCAUCAGAACCGCAAAUAGGGACUACUUCCUCAUUGGCCGUGACAGGGAGACGAUCAAAGACUGGGUCUCCUUCAUGUCACCGUAUUGCCAAGGUGCGCACGCAGCUCAUCAGAACACAGAGGAGAAGCCUUCGCUGGGUGAAAGAAGACCAGUUUCCGACCCCAGUCCUUUCUUUGGUCUCUGUAGUGCUCCGGAGAAUGUCGGCCUAGCAUUGCCGAGGGCCAGUCUUCCAGACAUGCAUUUAAUACAAAAUAGUCUCCAAGAACUCAGGCAAGAUCAUAAUCAUCAUUAUGAAGACCAUUUAUACUCAGAACCCCCUCAAGACACAGAAGAAGAGAAUUACUAUCAGACUCCCCGAAGCAUCCUUUCAGAAGUGAGUUUGAAGAAUAUUGCUGACUCCAGCGAUUCCGAUGACUCCAUUGAAUCCAGUAGUCCAGACCAAGUUUUCAAGAAAUCUGAGAGCAAUUACAUGUCAAUGAGAUCCUGCUUCUUCAAACAAUCGACCCCUGCAUCUGCUGAUGGCCAAGCUGAAACCCAGAGCUCUCCAGAAACUCCGGAGCAGGCAACUUCUCUGCAAGAACUCGGCACAGGGAGUUAUCUGUAUCUUUCACUUGCUGACCUGGAAGCACAGACCACAGAAGACAAAACGGGGUCCGCCUCCCUAACUGUUGUGAAAUUGUCUAUAUUACUCAACAACGUGUCCGAUGAGAGCCAAGUGGAGACUCUGAAUGUGUUCCUCACUCCUCGAGAUGCCAUCGACUAUCUUGCUCUUGUAGAAGCGGCGGGACGGAUAUGUGUGGCUCAGUGGGAAGGCCCUCCCCGACUAGGGUGCAUAUUCUGCCAUGGAGACCAUAUCUUGGCUGUCAAUGACCUGAAGCCCCAGAACCUGGAGGAGGUUUCCCUGUUUCUUACCCGCUGUAACCAGAAGGAGAAAGUGAAACUCUCCAUUGGCCGGAUCCCACAUUCAGAGAAGUUCCAUGCCCCCUCCUGUGCAUGCCCCUUAAAAUACCAACAGGGUUUGCCGGGGAAGGCACUGAAGAGGAGUCCAGCCAUCAAAAAGACCCAGAAGGAAUCAACUGGAGAAUAAUCUGCCUCGGGCCCAUGGCAGCAGAAGAAGGAUGGAGCCCUGGAUCAUCAUGAUCGGAGACAAGACAGAAUCCUACUUGAGUCACUGUACUGUCCUAACAAUGGGGGUCACUAGCCCCUCUGUGGCUGUUGCAUUGAGGUCACAUGGGGUAAUGACUAAGGAACAGAGUUAGAAUGGAAGACCUUAUUAUCUGAGACUUGGCAUCAGACACGGCAGGCAUCGAUUGAGUAAAUAUGGUCUAAUUAGUAGUACUGUGUGCUUUCUGAGGUCACAAUUGCUUCUUUGUUAGGAAUUAGAAUUAUUCAUUCCAGGGAGGCAAGAGAUGAAAGUCUGUAGCUGUCCUCGCAGACACUUCCUGUGACUCAGCAGCCCAGGGGCCGUCAGGCCAGGCAGAGUUACUGAUGUUCUUACCAGGCUCAGUAGACCUGCUUUCUUAAAGAUGUGGUAACUAUUUUGGAAGCUAAGGAAGUUUGGUGCUGUAUCCAGCCAAGAGCUGCUUGCUCCAAAUGUAAACAGGAAACUAUGUUUAUAUGUUCUUAAUUGAUUGGUUUAUUAGCAAAUUAGUCCUGUGAAGUCAAAGAACCAAAGGCCUUUUAAUCAGGAAAGCAGGAGCCGGCAGCUGAAAUCUAAUCAGCUUGGGGAAUGUCAGUACAGGGGGGCGGGCGGUCAAAGGACACAUCUCAGUAGACUGUCCUUUCGCGUGGAAAAUCGAAGGCUUUGAAAGCUCAGUGAUAUUCAGUCUUCAUGACUCGGAGCUCAGUAGCUGUAAGGGCAGAACCAAGAAUCUAACCCAGCUUUAGAAAGAAAAUCCCCUGACUUCUGCCUUGUAUGUGGGUUUAGAUUAGUAAAGACCUUUGGCACACAGGAGAGACAUUCAAUGUAUUUUAUUUUCUGUUAUCUAGAUUGUUGCCAG